CAGAUGUAACUAGUGUGUGAGUCAGUGGAGAGGAAAGUGAGCGUCGGACACCAAAUGGACAACAUUAGGAUGUCCGCGGAAAGGUUGGAGAAAAGCAAGACGUUAGAAUUGAGGAAGAAGCAUAUUGGGCCAUCUUGUAAGAUUUUCUUCAGCCAUGACCCCAUCAAGAUUGUGCGAGCCAAAGGCCAGUACAUGUAUGAUGAAAAAGGACAACGCUACUUGGAUUGCAUCAACAAUGUGGCUCAUGUGGGCCACUGUCACCCAGAUGUUGUGAAGGCUGGAGCUCGACAGAUGGAACAGCUCAACACAAACUCGCGGUUCCUGCACGACAACCUCGUACUGUAUGCCCAGAGGUUACAGGCUACGCUGCCUGACAAGUUGUCUGUGUGCUACUUUGUCAACUCUGGCUCUGAAGCCAAUGACCUGGCUCUCCGUCUGGCAAAGCAGUACACCGGCCACAAGGACGUCAUCACGCUGGAUAAUGCAUACCACGGCCAUGUCUCAUCCCUCAUUGACAUCAGUCCUUAUAAGUUCCACCAGCUGGCAGAUCCUGAGGAGAACCAAUCUGUCCAUGUGGCUCUGAGCCCAGAUGUGUACAGAGGCAAAUACAGAGCAGACCACCCGGACCCUGCCACAGCGUACGCAGAUGAAGUUGAAGACAUGAUAGAAAAAGUCCAAGGGGAAGGAGGCAAGAUUGCUGCUUUUAUUGCUGAGUCAUUGCAGAGCUGUGGCGGGCAGGUCAUUCCCCCCGUGGGCUACUACCAAAAAGUUGCAGAACAUGUGCGUAAGGCCGGGGGCGUUUUCAUUGCUGACGAAGUCCAGGUGGGUUUCGGACGCGUCGGCACCCACUUUUGGGCCUUCCAGCUUCAGGGAGAAGACUUCGUUCCUGACAUUGUCACCAUGGGAAAGCCUAUAGGCAACGGCCACCCCAUGUCCUGUGUGGUCACAACCAAAGAGGUGGCAGCGGCCUUCCUGCAAAUGGGAAUGGAGUAUUUCAAUACGUUUGGCGGUAACCCCGUGUCGUGUGCCAUCGGUCUGGCUGUGCUGGACGUGAUCAAGAAAGAGGAUCUGCAGGGGAACGCGUUGCAUGUGGGGCGAUACCUGACCGAUCUGCUGGAAAAGCAGAAAGAGAAGCAUCCACUGAUUGGUGACAUCAGGGGGCGCGGCCUCUUUGUUGGGGUGGAGCUUGUGAAAGACAGGCUGAAGCUCACUCCUGCUACAGCAGAAGCCCAAGAAGUCAUCUAUAAGCUAAAGGAACAGCACAUACUUCUCAGCGCGGAUGGACCUCAUCGCAAUGUGCUGAAAUUCAAGCCCCCCAUGUGCUUCACUACAGAGGACGCUGACCUGGCGGUGGAGCAGAUCGACCACAUUCUCACAGAGCUUGAGGAGGCUGGAGGCUUGAAGUUGCACAACACAUUGAACGCAGAGAAUGAAAACAAAAGAAAGCCGACUGAUGAAAAUGGACACCAUCACAGUGGGUUAGCACACAACAAAGGGAGCAGUCAAGGAGUUCCUCAACAGACUAAACGCCUCAGGAAACAAUGCUGAUUACAACACUGAAUCUUUUACAGCUAAAAUACAGGUGAAAGACACUAUAAACACUGGAGGUUACAAAAAAAGAAAU